AUGAAUCAAGCAGCACUUGAAAUCGGCUUUAAGCAUUCAAUAUCGAACACCACAAGUAGAUUUACCAAUAUGCGUCAAACGUUAUUACCACCCUUAAAAUUAUAUAGAAAUAUUCUUAGAGCACAUCGUGAAUUACCCGAGUUACAAAGAGCAUUAGGUAAUGAAUAUGUUAAAAAUGAGUUCAGACUACAUAAGGACAUUGAAAAUCCAUUACAUAUUGUUGGAUUUUUAGCUAGUUGGCAAGACUAUUUGAGUCUAAUCAAUAAUGGAGCUUGGCAAACUGGGUCACUUUCUCGAGAGACUUUUGAAAAGAUGUCUACUGAUCAGGUAGUACAAUUAUAUGAGUUGAUGAAAGAAUCAGAACGUAUUAAAAAUGGUAUUGUAGGUGGAUCUGAAACGACCAAAGAUACCAACACAAAGAUAGAGACCAGAACAGAACGUAAAAAUUGA